AUGGAUCCUGCUCAAGAACCCCCUGAUGAGAACAUCGCAUGGCAUAUCUACGUGGGGACAAUAGUAACCAUUGUCCCAGCUACCAUUGCGGUGAUCCUACGGUUCAUCUCUCGGCAUGUUGCUCGCGCUGGUCUGUGGUUGGAUGAUUACACUAUUGCGAUAGCAUUGGCAAUAAACUGGGUUAUGGCAAUCUUGCGAUGGGUUCAAAUUCUUGUCUUCGGCGUCGGCCGUCAUGCCUAUUAUCUUCCAGAUGACAAGAUACAAGGCUUUUUCAAGAGCUUUCUGGCCAGCCAGAUAAUUUAUUUCCUCAAUGCGGUUUUCACCAAAGCAGCCCUGCUGUUGCUAUAUUACCGUAUCUUUGGUGUGGUCAAGCAUUUCCGUUGGGCUCUGUGCGCGACAUGGUUCCUAGUCAUCGGAUACUUUAUUGCAUGCACCAUUGUUUCGAUCGCCGAAUGCUUACCAGUGGCCAAAUUCUGGAACCCGAGUGGGCCAGGAUCAUGUAUUGACAUGGUCGCUUUUUUCCGUUGGAACGGGGUUACAAACCUUAUCCUCGAUGUCCUGGUUCUCUGUCUCCCAUUUCCGAUGGCAUGGAGGCUGCAAAUGACAACUCGACAAAAGCUCAUUUUAACUGGCAUCUUCAUGCUUGGCGGUUUCGUCUGCAUCGUUUCUGUUAUGCGAAUUGCGAGUUUCGACUUUACGGAAAUGUACGAUCCCACUUGGACCGGCGUUAAUUCGUCAAUGUAUUCGUCAAUUGAGCAGUCCGUCGGAAUCAUUUGUGCCUGCCUUCCCACGCUGCGCCCUCUGUUCCGAUCCCUGUACGGUCCCUCAAGGGACCAUUCAAACCGGGCUCCUGUCUCUAGCUCCUCCUCUUCCUCCUCACAGAACAGACACUCUAUCUGUCCGCAGACACCGUCGUCUGGCACGGAGACAAGCGUUUUGACUCUUACUAAGCCAUCUCCGGCACGAACUACAGCCCCUCAGGCCUGUUUAUUUGAUAUGGAGGUUUACAAUGUCGUUGAUCGUGAGUCUUUGUCCCUCGAAUACGGUGACGGGCAUCAGGUGGAUAGAUGUGUUUCUCGGGUAGAAUCAAUGGUUUAG